AUGCUGCGGGUUUCCGUUGCCAGACGCUUCGCCCGGAAGAUUGGAGCUAAACCAGCGGCGGCCGUGGCAGCGAAAGCGCCAGCCCCAACCGCAGAUGACUGGCAACAGGUCCAAGAUCCGAGUGGCCAGUCCUACUGGUGGAACAAGCGCACCAACGAGACGACGGCCGUGGGUGCUGCCAAACCUGGGCCGGACCCUUGGCAGGAGGUGAAGGAUUCUGCUGGGCAGACCUAUUGGUGGAACAAGGAGACGAACCAGACGACUGCGGUGGGUGCGCCAAAGCCCAGCGCCGUGGCUCCGCAGCCGGAGGCAGGAGUGCCUGCUGCCGGUGGACUAGGUGGUGGCUUGCGAGGGGCGCUGAUGGAUGGGCUGGCAUGGGGCGUUGGUACCUCUGUUGCUGGCCGGAUGAUGGACGGCAUCCUGGGCCCCCGGCAGAUGGAGGUAGUGCACAGGAAUGAGGAUGGUGGUGGCGCCCCGUCAGGUGGCGAUGCCUCUCCUCCACCUCCCGGAUCUGCAGCAGACUCGGGAGGAGACCUCUCGAGCCAAGGCUGGUCCUGGGGUGACUCGGGUUCCAGUACUGGUGGCAAUGACGACGGCGGUGGAUGGUUUGGAGGAGGUGGGGAUGACAGUGGCGACGGUGGAGGGGGUGGCUGGUUCGGUGGUGGUGAUGAAGAAUGGUAG